GGCCUGUAGGUUUAUUAUAAGGCGGAGCUCGGCGGGAGAGGUGCAGGCGGGAGCGGAGCUGAGUCGGAAGGAAUCCAGCAGUAGAGAGCGGACUGCGGCCGGCGGACCCCACAGCGCUAUCCCAGGACAGCCGCACGCGGGGCAUCGCCCAAGGGAGCCGAGCGCAGCGCACUCGGAGGUGCCGGCCCCGAGCCCAGCGCGGUCCAAACAGCCCCGACCCGCGCCGCCCGCCGCGCCCCCGUCGCCGGUCCGGGCAGCAUGAGGAGCGCGGCGCUCUGCUUCUGGCUCUGCGCUCUGGCGCUGCGCCUGCAGCCGGUCCUCCCGCAAAUCGUGGCUACAAAUGUGCCACCCGAAGAUCAGGAUGGCUCCGGGGACGACUCUGACAACUUCUCUGGCUCCGGGGCAGGUGCUCUGCAAGAUAUCAUCUUGUCACAGCGGACCACCUCCACCUGGAGGGACAUGGGGCUCCUGACAGUUAUGCCCACGGCUCCAGAGCCCCCUGGCAUGGAAACCGUUGCCACCUCCACCUCCAUCCUGCCAGCCACUGAGGGGGCCAAGGAGGAAGAUGCAGUGUUCCUGGCCAAGGUGGAGCCUGACCUCACCAGCCGGGAGAAGAUCACCCACCCACCCAGUGAGGCCACGCCACACCCAACGACCCACCGGGCGGCAACACCCAGGGCCAGCACUGCCCAGGCGCCUGCCACCUCUCAUGUCCCCAGAGACAUGCAGCCUGAGCAUCCUAAGACCUCAGCUCCGCAAGGAGUCGGCCAACGCGACCCUCACACCCCCACCACGGAGGACGGAGGCCCUCCAGCCACUGAGAGAGCUGCUGAGGAUGGAGCCGUCACCCAGUUCUCAACAGGAGAGGGCUCGGGGGAGCAGGACUUCACCUUCGACGUAUCCGGGGAGAUCACAGGUGGGCCUGCUCUGGAACCUGACCAGCGGAAUGGGCCCGCACCGGACCCUGGGGCCUCCCAAGGCUUCCUGGACAGAAAGGAAGUGCUUGGAGGGGUCAUUGCCGGAGGCCUGGUGGGGCUCAUCUUUGCCGUGUGCCUGGUGGGCUUCAUGCUGUACCGGAUGAAGAAGAAGGAUGAGGGCAGCUACUCCUUGGAGGAGCCGAAGCAGGCCAACGGUGGGGCCUACCAGAAGCCCAGCAAGCAGGAGGAGUUCUACGCCUGACGGGAGCGGUCCUCCCCCUCCCCCUGCCACUCGCCAGGCCCCCACUUGCCUCUUUGGUGAAGAACUGCAGGCCCCGCGCCCCCGGGCACCGUGCCACCUCCCCGACACUCCCAGCCCCUCCAGCCCCUCCCCGCAGAGUCCUGGGGCGUGCUGGGGGCUCGCCUCUGCUUCUUUGACUUCUUCCUGGAGACUGGGGCGUGAGGGCUUUGUGCAUCUGACCUUUCCACCACAGCCAGCGCCUGGCAUCUCAUCAUUCUGACUCAGCUUCUCCAGCCUGGGACAGCUCUGGAGAGAGGACCCCACUGCUCUGGACGUGGAUAGCGCGCUAUGGCUGGGAGAUGCUGGGGCUGAGGGCUGACGCGUUGGUAGCACUUCCUGGUGGAGACCAACAGUCUUGGGGGCGCAGACGGCUGAGUGGCAGGGAGAGGCAUUCAGGGCUCCGUCCGAGUUCACUUUGUUUCGUGGGGAGGUCUAAUUUAGAUAUCAACUUGUUUUUGCACAUGUUUCCUCUAGUUUCUUUGUUCAUAGCCCAGUAGACUUUAUUACUUUUGAGGUAAGUUAAGUUGAUUUGGUUAAUCCCCCAUCUUGCUUCCCUAAUCUACGGUCAGGAUGCAGCAUCAGGGUGAAGACAACUUUUUUUUUUUUUUUUUUUUUUUUAACUAGGAGAACCAAAUCUGGAAGCCAACAUAGUUUAUGUGUUGUCUCUUGAGUUUGUCACUCACGUGUGCAACAGGGUAUGGAAUGGCUGGGUGGCCCUGCUGGCUGGCUGGCCAAUCUCGGCUGCCACAGGCAGUCACUUUAGAGCAGUCAUGCCUGUGUCCGUGAACUUGGGGCCGUGGCCUGGGCUCCUGCAACGUUGAGAGCCCACGUGAGAAUUGAAUCCUGGAACCUCAGGCUGGGGACAGAGGUGACUGUGGGGUGAGAGGUGGCGGUGGGCCCGGAGACUCUCCCACAGACCAAGCUCGCUCUUUGACACCAUCUCUGGAGACACUUUCCCCUGGGAGGUGACAAGAGGGGUCCUGGGCACACCUGACACUGAGCCGCUCCACGAAGGACGAGGUUCACCUUUGAUCAGCUCCUGUGGCGCUGCCCUGGGCUGGAAUCAGGAAUGUUCCAAAGAGUGAUAGUCUUUUGCUUUUGGCAAAACUCUACUUAAUCCAAUGGGUUUUUCCCUGUACAGUAGCUUCUCCAAAUGUAAUAAACUUUAAUAUAAAGUAGUCACAUGAACUCUGCUGCCUUUGCUUCUCUGCUGGCCGGUGGAUGUGACCAGCCUUUUCUCUGAACAUAGCAAUACUGGGAAACUAAGCUCUGUGCCUGCCUCCUUCCUGCGGGGAGGGGUCCCGGGGCCAGAGUCUCUCCGGAUGGUUUGUUUUUUGUCUCUGCUAAUAUUCUUCAGGAGGCCGGCAGGUUCAGCCAAGGCUGUGUUAAGCCCUGAUGUCGAUUUCUGUGUUGCCAAGCUCAAAGCACCAUCCCUCAAUGGUUAAUGAAGCUGUGAUGCCCCAGCACAGCUCGACCUGAGGCCGCUGGCCCCACGGAGGCCUGGAGCUGAGGCCUGCCUCUCAGACACCUUUGUGAGGAGCAGAGACCCUCUGCCUGGGGGCUUCUGGGAACUCCUGUACUUAUUUAAUUUGACAACGUUCCAGCUUUUCCGUUGGCCGCUCCGAGAGGAGGGACGUCUGUGACUCAGAGACGCACCGCCAAACGAAGGGAACCUGUGCCCCGUGUUCAAUGCUGGGACUUUCUGCCUGGAACGGAUGACUGGACAUGACUUGGGGGUGGGGAAGGGGUCUGUGACCGUGCUCAUCUCUGCUGGUCCCUGGGACAGUGCCGAGCCUGUGGCUGGGCCCAUUCAUGUAACUCAAAUAAACGGUACUUGUCAUC